AUGGCGACUAUUAAAGCCAUCGAGGCUCGUUCGGUCCAUCAAAUCCAAUCUGGCCAGGUCAUCGUAGACCUGUGCUCCGUUGCCAAAGAACUGGUCGAGAAUAGCCUCGACGCGGGCGCAACUACAAUAGAGGUGCGCUUCAAGAACAACGGGCUGGACUUGAUCGAGGUGCAGGACAACGGAACGGGCAUCUCGCCGGAGAACUACGAGAACGUCGCGCUAAAACACCACACUUCCAAACUAUCCUCCUUCGAUGACCUCUCCAGCCUCCACACCUUCGGCUUCCGCGGCGAAGCUCUGUCUUCACUAUGCGCCCUCGCUGAAUUCCACGUCAUCACAGCCCAAGCCAACCAAGUCCCCCGCGCAAACCGGCUGGACUUUGAAACCUCCGGCAAGCUUCGCAAAACCCAGGUCGUGGCCGGCCAAAAGGGAACGACUGCCUCGGUGGAAGGCAUCUUCAAACGACUUCCCGUGCGCAGACGCGAACUGGAGAAAAACAUCAAGCGGGAAUACGGAAAAGUGUUGAAUCUACUCCACGCAUAUGCUUGCAUCAGUGCCGGAGUCAAAUUCAGUGUGCGAAAUACCGUGGGCAAAACGAAAAACGUGGUUGUUUUCUCGACGAAUGGGAAUCGUACGACGAAGGAGAAUAUUGCGAACGUGUAUGGGGCUAAGACGUUGUCUGCGUUGAUUCCGCUCGACCUCGAGCUGGAGUUUGAACCCUCUGCGCCCAUGAGACGUACUGGCGGCGGCGAUGCGCACUCCAAUAAGUUGGUGGUCAAAGGCCAUAUCUCGAGGCCCGUCUUUGGAGAAGGACGGCAAACGCCGGAUCGACAGAUGUUUUUUGUGAACUCGCGGCCUUGUGGUCUACCGCAGAUUGCAAAGGCGUUUAAUGAGGUGUAUAAAUCGUUCAAUGUCUCGCAAUCGCCGUUUAUCUUUGCGGACUUUCAGAUGGAUACGAAUGCUUAUGAUGUGAACGUGUCGCCGGAUAAGAGGACCAUUCUACUGCAUGAUGCGGGAGCUUUGAUUGAGUCGCUGAAGACAUCUUUGGUACGGCUCUUCGAUGCUACGGAUCAGACCGUUCCUCAGUCGCAGGUGCUCGGCUCUAAGACUCCGAUGGCGGCUAAGCAGCAGGCACUGGGUUCGCUUCCGGGGUUCGUUACUGCUCGGCAGCUUAGCCAGAGUACUCUCGGGUCUGCCGCCACGCCGGACCGUGAUCAGAGCAUCGACGAGUCUGAAAAGGAGUCGAAGGCAUCGCAACGGACUGUGAAAAACAGUAUCAAGCGCUUUAUGAGCACUCAAGAUGGGCCUGACCAAGUGGAUGCUCUGUCGACUCCAACGAGAUCUACCCGGACGUCCCAGCAGACACCAAGACCGUCAUUGGCCGAGUGUACUCCUUCUGUCAGGCCUGAGGUUAGAAAUGCAGAUCAGUCCGAACACGAACCAGAGCAUGAGAUGGAAGACGAAACCUCUCAACCACCUCGACGGCCCUCCCCACCCGCAGAACCGGACUCCGCACCAUCACCACCACCACAACAGCCAGAUGAGGCCGAGGAAAUGCCAAACGUGGUUCAGAAUGCCUUUGAUCGAAUGCGCCCGCGUCGAAUGCCGGCUGAGAUGGCCACCAUUACGAUUGGUGAUCAUACGGUGACCUCCAUGAUCGGCAGCGGUGGCCCGCGAAAACGACCAUCUGAUAUCGGGUAUCCGUCUAAUGGACAAUCUAAACGUAAGCGACGAAUCCAUACUCCGUCACGACCUGGUAUAUUUGGGGAGCAGAUGAAGGCGUUUGCGGCGCCCGGGACGCAGUUGAGCGAUGACGAAGAGGAAGAGGAAGAGGAAGAGGAAGGAAGUGAAGAUGCUGCAAGCGAAGGCAAUGAAAAAGGUCUUGUAGAUGAAGAGGCCGAAGAAUCUCAGGAGGAGGUCUAUUCAUCCGAACCUGAGGAUACCGACUACGCCCCGGAAGGAGACCGUGUGCCUCCUAGCCAGGAGACGGGCAAUGAUCAAAACCCAAUUGAUGAGGCGCCAGCAGCCAAGACAGAUGAAGAUGCCCUCGGUGAAGCCGAGAAAAGGGCCCAAGAAGAAGCCAUGGUUCAACAGCUCAUCCAUCAAGCCGAAGAAAAAGCCGUGCUUCCAUCCGAGCACAGCACCAGUCGCGCAAACAAGAUGAACAAGGGUGCCGCACAUCGUGAUGCCACCGUUCAACUUGUGACCACUAUCGAUGCCUCUGUCUCCAAGCUCCAAGCGCAGAUGGCGAAUCUCCGAGAGAGCCUCCGGACACAGAAUGUGCCAUCACAAAAGACAGACACCGAUCUGGGCGACGAGAAAACCGCAGAAGACCGCCUCUCGCUGACCGUCAGCAAAGCGGAUUUUGCCCAAAUGCGCAUCAUCGGUCAAUUCAACCUGGGCUUCAUCAUUGCCGUCCGGCCAGGAGAAGACCACGACGAAUUAUUCAUCAUCGACCAGCACGCCUCGGACGAAAAAUUCAAUUUCGAGCGUCUCCAGGCCGAGACCGUCGUGCAAAACCAGCGUCUCGUCCGACCCCAGCGACUCGAUCUCACCGCCGUCGAAGAGGAGAUUGUCCUCGAGAACCGCUCCGCCCUCGAAAAGAACGGCUUCAUCGUCACCGUCGACGAAAGUGGCGACGAGCCUAUCGGUCGACGAUGUCAAUUGGUAUCGCUCCCGCUUAGCAAAGAAGUUGUCUUUGGGUCGCGCGAUUUGGAGGAACUGAUCGUGCUCUUGUCCGAGGCAGCCAGUGUGAAUGGGAUUUCGGUACCCCGGCCUAGCAAAGUCCGCAAGAUGUUUGCUAUGCGGGCAUGCCGGUCCAGUAUUAUGAUCGGGAAGACCUUGACGACGCGGCAGAUGCAGCGAGUUGUGCGCAAUAUGGGGACUAUUGAUAAACCUUGGAAUUGCCCGCAUGGGAGACCGACGAUGCGGCAUUUGAUGAGUCUUGGGCAGUGGCAGGAGUGGGAUGAAUAUGAGGAUGACGGAGGGGAGGAAGAGGGAGAAGAGAAGGGUCCUUCGGGAUUGGAUGUUUGGACGCGAUACGUUGAGGAGGCGGCGGGCGAGAAUGAAGAAGAGGAAGAAGAGGAAGAAGUGGAAGAAGUGGAGGACGAGGACGAGGCAUGA